AUGGACAAGACCAACAUCUUGGACACGAGGGACCCGAUGGACAAGGAUCGUGUUGGCGUCCACACUGUGUUUGCUGUUAGGGAUAUCACAGAGUCUCUGGAUCUUGUGAAAGAGAACGGCGGCCAUACACACCUUGACAAAACCGGUAUGGGUCCGAAAAUGGGCUUCGUUGCUCGCUUCGUCGACCCAGAGGGAAAUUUGAUGGGAUUGUAUGCUAUGAGUUAA